AUGAUCUUGCUGUGCUCCUUGCUGCUAGUACCGUCUUUAGCAGCCCCUCUAGCAACCACCCCAGACUUCUUCUCCGUCAAAGGUGAUCCUCCAUACAAUGCUUCUACGGCGGACAUGCAAAACUCCUUGGUCUGCCCCAACGGCAUCCCCACUGCAAACGAAAACCCGGUUCUCCUAGUACACGGCACAGGAAGCACCGGAGACGAGAGCUGGGGCUUGGGAUAUGUGCCAGCCCUCCUCAAAGCCGGGUACAAGGCAUGCUACCUGAAUCUGCCUAACCGCUCCAUGAACGACGCCCAGAUAAGCUCCGCAUAUGUGGCAUACAACCUGCACCACCUGUCCUCCCUCGCAGGUGCCCCCGUUGCAGCCAUUGGCCAUUCCCAAGGCAGCCCAAACAUCCAAUGGGCUCUGCGUUUCUUCCCUUCAACACGAGACCCCGCCGUGACACGGUCCUUUGUAGCCCUAAGCCCGGACUUUUCCGGCGUCGGCUUCGACGGUCUCACCGAACUUUGUGAUAUCGUCUCCGGUGUGCCCAUUUGUGCUCCGAGUCUCUGGCAGCAGGCAAAGGGGAGUAACUACAUGGCUGCCCUAUCGGGGGGAACACACGGUAUCGACCAGGCCUAUGUGCCCACGACAGUAGUAUGGUCCGUGACAGAUGAGGUAGUAGUUCCAUCGUUUGAAAACAGUCGGCUAUCCGGGGCCUCAAUCAUCUCAGCGCAGGAUCUCUGUCCCGCGCGGAUCGUCGGACAUUUGCUUAUGACUCACGACGCCGCAGGGUUUGCCAUUGCGUUGGAUGCCCUGGAGCAUGGAGGACAGGCGGACGUGGCGAGGAUUGAUCGUGCAAAGGUUUGUUUGGAGCUUCUUGCGCCUGGUAUGGACCCGACGCUGGCGUCGCUUACGGAGGCCGGGCUUAAUGAUAUUAUCAAGGGGAUUUUACUUGGCGGAAACAAGUCGACUCAGGAGCCGGCCUUGAUGCAGUAUGCUGUAUAA